AGAAUCCGUAUCACACACACAGAUGAAGCUCACACAAUCCAUUAGGAAGGCUGACUGAAGAACCACCUGUUUGUGAACUUCUGCACAGUUUUGGCGCAACAUAAAAACAAGAAAAGAUGUCAGGACCGAGGCCGGUGGUGCUGAGUGGCCCUUCUGGAGCAGGGAAGAGCACUCUCCUGAAGAAGCUGAUGAAGGAUCACGAGGGAGUCUUCGGAUUUAGCGUCUCACACACAACAAGAAACCCUCGACCGGGAGAGGAAGAUGGAAAAGGGCUGAACAAGCUCCCCAUGCUUCUGGGGGCUACUUUACUUCCUGUAGCAGCCAUCUUUUCCUCUGACGACUUAGAAACCUCAUUUUCGUGUCCAAAUGAAUCAGAAACCACAGAUAAAGACUACCACUUCACAACGAGGGAGGUCAUGCAGGAGGGCAUCGAUAAUGGAGAGUUUAUUGAAAAUGCAGAGUUUUCCGGAAACAUGUAUGGGACAAGUAAAGCCGCCGUGGAAGACGUCAGGGCCAAGAAUCUGAUCUGCAUCCUGGAUGUGGACAUCCAGGGGGUGAGGAGAAUCAAAGAGACUGACCUGAACCCCAUCUAUAUCUCCAUUCAGCCUCCAUCCAUUGAGAUUCUGGAGCAACGCCUGAGAGACAGGCAGACAGAAACGGAGGACAGUCUGCAGAAACGUCUGGAGGCCGCGCGCAUCGACAUGGAGCUCAGUAAAGAACCCGGAGUGUUUGACGUUGUCAUCAUCAACGACGAUCUGGAGAGGGCCUACGAGGAGCUCAAAGACAUCCUCAACGAAGAAAUCCAAAAGGUCCAGGAUGCAAAGUAAAAAAGGAAACUAUGCCCAUGAUGUCAUGUGAAACAAAAAACUUCCAUCCAUGAGCAAAAAAAAGAAAAAAAAACUCUGCUGCUGCCUGGAGAAAUGCAUGUUUUUUGUACUCUUCUGUGCAUUUCAUAAUUAAUCAGAGGACAAGGGACAACUCCAGGUUGAAACUGAUAAACAGAUUUUGUGUAAGUUUUAGAACUAAAUACUGACACCUAUUUAUGAUGAUCAUUUAUCACCCUGGUAGGCUCAAACUGCCAAACGCAAGCGUGAUGCACACAUGAUCACCUCCAGUCUCCAGAAAAUGGUUCUACUGUUAUUGAUCAAACCAAAAUAAACAGAACUACCAAAGACUUUGUAUUAUCUGUAUUAUGAUUCUAUCAAUACAUUUGUUAUUUACUCUAUCUACUAAAUGUCAGAGUAUCUUAAGUACCACAGCUGUGUGUGUAAACACAAAUAAAGGAUUUAAGAACAACAGCA